AUGGUCACCAAAGAAAAACUGAAGGCGCAUGAGGAGCUUGAAGUCAAGGUCUCUGAACUUGAUACCGAGGUCAACGGCUUGCGUUCGGAGCUGGAGAAGAAGGAUGCAGAGCUGGAUGCGGCGCGGAGAGAGUGUACUGAGAAGGACCAUGAGCUGACCCGCAAGUUGGAUGCUGCCCAGAGAGAACGGGCUCAGACCAGCGAAAACGAAAGAAAGUGGGAGCAGAAGUACCAUGAGCAGCUGGAGUUCCACGCCUCGGAUCUCACGAAGCUGACGGAGCUGCAGAAACAGCUCUCUGAGGCGGAGCAAGAACUCCAGACCUCGCGAAGACAACGUGUGCUGCAGGAGUCCAAGAUGAGGCGUUCACAGGAGGAACUGGAGAUCUUCAAAGGAAGGUUGACGGAGCUGAACCAACAAGUGAAGACAUUGGGGGAUGAGAACAGCGAAUACAAGUCGCAGCUCUUAGCUUUGCCGGAAGCCGAAGCAUUGCAGACCUUGUCAGCGCAGCUGCGUGCUGCGCGGCAGAAGUUGGAACAGCAACAAGGGCAGUUGGAACAGUUGGAGGGCGACAAGGAAAGGCUUGAAGAGGAGGCGCAUGGAGCCCAUUUGAAGGCCAAGCACCUACAGGAGAAGCUCACGGCCGAGCAGCGCGAGAUCUUGCGGCUGCAGCGCAGCACCCGCGUGGAGCAGAAGGCCCUGGCGAAGCUGACGCAGAUGGACGAAUUGGAGGCGGAGCGACGUCGGCUGAAUGCGAUGAACCGCUCUCUGCAGGAGCGUUUGGACAGCAACCGCGAGGUGCAACUCCACAGAGAAGCACAGAAAGAGUGGCAGGCGCAGAGGACGGAGCUCAGCGAAAAGAUCAGCAAACUCCAGGAGACCUUGAAGACGAAGGAGGCGGAGUUGAGCGGCGAGCAGACACGGAGCCAGUCCCUCAAGGCCCAAGUGGAAGAGGCCCAGAAGAGCCUCUCAGAGGCGCAACGCAAAGUGGAAGACAUUGCGAAGGAGAAGACCGAACUUCAGGGCCAUGUGAAAGCCAAAGUGAGCGAGCUAGAAGAGAAGGCGAAGAUGGUGAAGCAGUUGGAGAAUGUCAAGACGUUGCACCUGAAGAAACUGGCUGAGAAGGAGAGCAACAUCGCCAGCAUCACUGCGCAACAGAGCGAUCUCAAUGCGAAGAUCAGCAAGUUGGAGGAUACGGUGAAGGAAAAGGAGACCCAAAUUUCGCGGCACCAGACAGAAACUGAUGGUUUGAAGGCCAAGACACAAGAAGCCCAGAAGACCUUGGCGGAUGAACAGGCAAAGCUACAAGCCACAAUCGAGGAGAAGACACAGAUCCAGAGUGAGUUGAAGAACAAGGAUGCGGAGAUGCAGCAACAGGCCAAAGAAAGCAAAGCUUGGGUCAGCUUGAAGCCGAUGUACUUGAAACGAAUUGAAGCACAAACCAAAAGCUUGGAGGACAACAAGGUUCAAAUUCAAAAGCUCAAGGAUGAGAACGAGAAAUUGAAAUCUGACACCGGCAGCUCUGUAGAAGCAACAAAAAUGAAAGAAGAGAACACGCAGCUCAAGGGAAAAGUGGAGGAAAGUCAGAAGUUGGUGGCAGAUGCCAAUAGCAAAGUUCAGCAACUGGAAAAGGUGAAGGCUCAGUUGCAGGGCGAACUGAAAACCAAAGAUGAGCAACUGCAGAAGCAGGUGGGUGAAGUUCGAGUGAUGGAAGGAAAGAAAGCGCUCCACAUGGCCAAAUUGGCCAAGGACGAUAAGGAGAUCGAGAGCCUCAAGGUGGAGAAUAAGAAACUCGCAGAAGAAGUCCAGCUGCUGAAGAAGGGAUUGCCAGCCGCAAAACACGCGGACGUGGCGUUGCAUCUGGCGGAACAGUACCGAGUGGCGCUUGAUGCCUUGCUUCCAGAGGUAGAGAAGAAAGCAGAGACAGAGCCACCAAAGUUGGUCAGGUUGGUGCCCAAGGCUGCCAGGGAAGAGCAAAGCGAGAAGGCACCGAAGGCAGAAAAGAGGCCUGCAGAGACACAGGAGACACAGGAGACAGCGGAGUCCGCCAAGCGAGCGAAGCAAGACAUCCAGCAGGCAGAAAAGAGGCCUGCAGAGACACAGGAGACACAGGAGACAGCGGAGUCCGCCAAGCGAGCGAAGCAAGACAUCCAGCAGGCUGUCGAGACUGUAGACGCUGAGGUAGAAGUGAAAGAGGCGGUUGCCGCGACAAUGCCAGAGGCCGAAGAGAGGCCUGCAGAGACACAGGAGACAGCGGAGCCAGUCAAGCAAGACAUCCAGGAGGCCGAAGAGAGGCCUGCAGAGACACAGGAGACAGCGGAGCAAGUCAAGCAAGACAUCCAGGAGGCCGAAGAGAGGCCUGCAGAGACACAGGAGACAGCGGAGCAAGUCAAGCAAGACAUCCAGGAGGCCGAAGAGAGGCCUGCAGAGACACAGGAGACAGCGGAGCCAGCGAAGCAAGACAUCCAGGAGGCCGAAGAGAGGCCUGCAGAGACACAGGAGACAGCGGAGCCAGUCAAGCAAGACAUCCAGGAGGCUCCUGAGGCUGUCGAGACUGUAGACGCUGAGGUAGAAGUGAAAGAGGCAGUUGCCGCGACAAUGCCGGAGGCUCCUGAGGCUGUCGAGACUGUAGACGCUGAGGUAGAAGUGAAAGAGGCAGUUGCCACGACAAUGCCGGAGGCCGAAGAGAGGCCUGCAGAGACACAGGAGACAGCGGAGCCAGCGAAGCAAGACAUCCAAGAGGCUCCUGAGGCUGUCGAGACUGUAGACGCUGAGGUGGAAGUGAAAGAGGCAGUUGCCGCGACAAUGCCGGAGGCUCUUGAGGCUGUCGAGACUGUAGACGCUGAGGUGGAAGUGAAAGAGGCAGUUGCCGCGACAAUGCCGGAGGCUCCUGAGGCUGUCGAGACUGUAGACGCUGAGGUGGAAGUGAAAGAGGCAGUUGCCGCGACAAUGCCGGAGGCUCCUGAGGCUGUCGAGACUGUAGACGCUGAGGUGGAAGUGAAAGAGGCAGUUGCCGCGACAAUGCCGGAGGCUCCUGAGGCUGUCGAGACUGUAGACGCUGAGGUGGAAGUGAAAGAGGCAGUUGCCGCGACAAUGCCGGAGGCUCCUGAGGCUGUCGAGACUGUAGACGCUGAGGUGGAAGUGAAAGAGGCAGUUGCCGCGACAAUGCCGGAGGCUCCUGAGGCUGUCGAGACUGUAGACGCUGAGGUGGAAGUGAAAGAGGCAGUUGUCGCGACAAUGCCGGAGGCUCCUGAGGCUGUCGAGACUGUAGACGCUGAGGUGGAAGUGAAAGAGGCAGUUGCCGCGACAAUGCCGGAGGUCGAAGCUGCUUCUGCGAAGCCUGAAAGGCGUGAGCAGGUGAAAAGGAAGGCCAUUCCGAUCAACCAAUUGGCCCAGGUCAUGGCCACUGAGCGCGCGGUGAAGAUGAGUCGAGGCUCCGAGACCUCCCCGGUGAUGGCGAAGAAGAUGCCCACGCCGCCGCCCAAGGUCGUUGUGGACCUUGAAGACGAGCAGUGA